CACUGUUGGUCUUGCUGAGAGCCCUAGCUGUAGUGUGGUGGUGGUGGUGGUAUUGCUGUGGUUGAUUGUGUGGUGGUAGUAUUUAAGGGGAAGACUUGAGUUACUAGACUUGCUGUGGUGAUCGUUAUGGUACACAGGAAGUCAACCUAUAGGCUUAUGUUCAGGAACUACGGCGCUGAGGUGAGGCAGAAGGUGUGGCACGAGAACAACUCACUCAGAAUGAGACGACGGGAAGAAGAAAUGUCGCACCAAUCGAUCGAGGAAAGUGAUUCAGAUUGUGUGUGUGACGAAGAAGACGACGAGGAACCAGAGCCGCCUGUAAGAAAAUAUGGAAUAUCUAAACUAACAGGAACUAAACGAAUAUUAAACAGAUCCGAUGAACAGAUGCGACCUCAUCACUUGUCUUUCCAAGAUGAGCAGCGGGACCACCACCCCAACCACCAGCCUCCUGUACCAAGACUUUACUUCUCCCCGGAACAAUCGCCAAGAGCGUCCCAGCAGCCGAGUACACCGAAUGACACAGGGAUCAGCAUCAUCGGGGACGGCACGAGUGAGAAAUUCGACGACAGUAGAGGCAGCAUGCCCAAUCUGAACCUAACCAAAGACACUGGUGAGAGCACUAAGUCCGUGCCAGAACCCAGGAGCAAGUCUCAAAUAUCUGGCGACCAAUUAGGGGUCAUGAGGCCUGGGAGUCGGGUGAGAGAAUACGACCUCAUACCAGCGGUGUCGGAGAACAGUAAUGCGCCGGGAAGAGGAGCAACAUUAGCCAAGUCUGGUCUGGCGAAAAGUCACCUCUAUCCUCUCACCUCAAAGCUGUCUAGAACCACCAGGAGAAACUUCCACGAGCGAGACAAGAUUAACUACGUGCCAUAUGGAACCGGUGCAUCAGUGAGGACUCUCGGAGACAAGACCUCAUUUAACAUACACCUAAAUAAAGACCGGGUCCGGCCAACAUCCCUGACGGCGUCAUCUCUACGAAACAGAGAAAUAGAACGGCUGAUCAGGAAGCAGAAACAGAUGACGUUGGAUGACUGGAGGGACAAAGGCCAAAUGGGCCAGCCCGUCAACCACUCAAGCCUCUGGGCGACUGACACUGACAACAAAAUUUUCUCCUCUAAGGCAAGACGGAGAGAGAGAGUGGCGAGCGCACCGAGUAGAGUCGAAGUUUUUUCAAAUUACUGUAAACAUUGUGGGGGGAAGAAAUAACUUUAUACAUCGGUCAAUACGUAUCUUUUCUGUGGCCUGAGAGAUCGUAGAGCCUUUUACGUUUAGUAGCUUCAUGAUUGUGAUCCUUUACUGAUGAAGUGGGCCACAUUUCCAAUAGAUUAGUUUAGACCAGGUUAAGCUAGGUAAGCUAUUUUAGUCAGUUAUUAAUAAAAAUGGAAACAUGACCAAUUGAGGUUUUCCUGUGUAAUUUGAAAAUUUACAAGAGUUAUAUUAUGUUCAUAUUUAAAAUUAUUUAACUGGAAUAUUUUAUGUCCAUAUUUUUAUCAUAGCCAGGAGGAUGAUGAUGUAGUUGUUGACCUUUGUGACGGUAAAUGACCACCAAAUUGGGUCAAACUUUUACAACCUAGUGAUAGGGAGUAAAUCUGGACUUGUAAACAAUGCUUUCUCAAGUUGGUGACUAUCAGCUGGUAAGGUUUAAGUCAGGGUAAAUACUGUACUGUACUUCUCAGUGGAACUAUAAUGUACAGUACCAGUUCAGGUAACUAGUAGGUAUAAAAGUGGAUUUUAAUUUAUAUUAUACUGAGCCUUUGUUUAAAUGACAGCUAUUCCACUUAUCCAUUGUUAUAUCUACAAGGUGGCUGUGUGUGAUGGACAGUCUGCUCCUGGUGAGGUGUUCGUUGUGGUAUAGUGCACGAAGAUGUGAUUGUUUUAGAAUGUCUGAUUAUUAUUGAUCAGUGUAUAGAAUUUCUUAGAAUUAUUUUUAUAAUGACUUUUUAACUAGAUUUUUUAUUUUAUUUAUUAAGACCAGAGGCAACUUGUGAAGGAAGACCGUGUUAUGGUCUUCAGUGUAUUUUGUAUGGUGAUAUAUUUAAUAUAUACUCUGGUAACAGGUUUUAUCUCAGAAACUGACAGGACCUAUCGGUAGUAAUUUACUGUGAUGUUCUCGAAGCCGAACUCUGGUUAUAUUGACGACUAGGUGAUCACUUCCUCACCCCCCCCCACUUGAAUACACCACCCUGCACCUCCUCCUCCUCCUCCACCUCGACCUUCCUCCUUCUCAAUCUCCACCUCUACCCUCCUCCUUCACCACCACCACCUUGGCCCUCCUUCACCUAACCUAACCUCCCCAAAGAUGUGAUCUCCUUUCUCACCUUAACAUCUCCCUCUUUUAUGCUUCAGUCUCCCAGAAUUGUCUAAUGCUACUAAAAUUUUGUUUGUGUGGCUGUCUGACAAAGAGUUAUGGUGUAAUGUCAAAACUAAUCACUGCCAUUUAAAGAUGUCAAAAUAGAUACACAGUUAGACGUUCAUCCAUCAUCAUAUUAUAAGUCUAAAAUGAUGUAUGGUAGUGAAACAUACGAUGACUUAACUCCCUGAUUACUGUUGUCACACUCAAGGAAGUAAGCAAUAUACUGAAGAGGUUAAGUCAUUACAGUAUAUUCAAAGGUAAUCACUUGGAAUAGAGUAGAAGGGAUUUUGAAAUACUAAUAAACCUCCUAUGAUUAUUUUGAUAUUUUAUGAUUCUGAAGAAGACUCCCCCUUUCGUUGACAUGUUUUACCUUUAUACAGUACAGGUGACCAUUAAUUAUCUUACCUAUUAUGAAUAUCAAUAAACUCAAAAAUAUUAUAGAUAUUUCAUAAUGGUUUUAUUAUACUUGAAUAACUCAUAAGUUUCUUCUUCUUGUCUUAGCAGAUGCCAACAUAUAAACCAUGGUCAAUCCAUGAUAUUUUUGAGGUUAUUAACUCUUUCCCUACGGGGAAGUCACUUUUAAUAUUUUACUUAACUAACACCAGAUGAUUUUAUUCAGCACAGACCCCCCCCCCCACCUCAAGUACACAAGGGGUUAGUAACAGGCACACACAUUCAUUCAAAAGGACAGUGUUUUAUUUAUGCACACUUUCACUUUAACCCUUUGAGGCCAGGGGGGUUUAACCAUUAUCCUCAAAGGGUUAAACCAUCAUCGUAAAGGGUAUAAUUUCCUUGUGCAGAUAAUCUUUCAGGUACAGUCCUCAGUUUAAGUGAUAUUGCCUAUGCAUAAACUUAAUGUAAUUUGAUGGUGGGAUAUUGUGUGUGGUUCCUGGAGGGUGAUGCUAGUCGGGUGUAUCUUGUUGUGAGUGGAGGAAAGUUGUUUAUUGGUGUAUGUAUGAUAAGGUUCCCGGACAGUGCCAUAACUCUUGUAUUUAAUGUAUACAGUGAAGCUUCUAUUUAACAUACUAUAUGAAGAGGAAAGUCCGUUAUAUCGAGGGUCCGUUAGAUGUGAGACCUCCCUCUAACGGAUUGUAUGGAGAUAGAAGUCCGUUAUAUUUGAGGUUUGUAAGGGUACUGUAUUUGCUGGCUGUUGCUGUCCUCUGACUAUUGUAAUGUCCUCACCUAGAAUUACUGUCAACACAGCCACUGUACUUAAACUCCUUUUUCACUUUUAGCUGCUGUGCCCUUUUCAUUAAUUCCCACACCUGAGUCCGUCCCAUAUCCGUGUUCUGUCUCUCCCAGUAUCGUCAAGAGGCAGCACCCAUGACUAUUGUAUCCGAUGCGUCAAUCACUACGACACAAAAUGCACAAAUAUGAAAAAAAAUAAACAAAACCACAGGAUCAUCUCACCUGCUUAGAUGACGUACAGAAUUAAUUGCUAAGCAUUAACGCCGAUGUACAGUUGCGGACAAAAUUCACCGAACGUUUGGCAAUAUCUGGCAUCCACUUCUGGGUUAUUUAUAUGAUUGGUUUAUAUCUUAUAGCGCUACUUUUUGUCUCAUAUUAUGUCGGAACCACAAAAAAAACUCCUUUAAACACAAAGAAAAAUAUGAGAAAAUACCUCAAGAUUCCAAUCCCCUUCACUUAAUGUUCCUCAAGUACCUACAUGCUAGAUACUACCAAGUGUCCAGGUAAUUUUGAUCACAACUUUACCUUAUAACUUCAGAGUACCAUAAUGGACCGUAAUAUUCUGCUCAAUACACGCUAUGCUUACUACGACUAAGGCUGUGAUGUAGUCAGCUCCUACAGGGUGACAAAGUAUCAAAUGUUGUAUGAUUGUCAGGUGUUAGUUGGUGCGGUGAAGCAGAAGUUACAGCAACGACGGCCGAGCUCUGUGAUGUGAGAGGAGUUUGUUGGUCUAGAUGGUUAACUAUAGAGUAUUAGUGAUUUUUGAGAGUUUUAUGUUUUGAGGUGUCAAGUACUGUGUGUGAAUCAUCAAAAGGUGUCAAGUACUGUGUGUGAAUCCUCAAAAGGUGACAAGUACUGUGUGUGAAUCAUCAAAAGGUGUCAAGUACUGUGUGUGAAUCCUCAAAAGGUGACAAGUACUGUGUGUGAAUCAUCAAAAGGUGUCAAGUACUGUGUGUGAAUCAUCAAAAGGUGUCAAGUACUGUGUGUGUGAAUCAUCAAAAAAAGGUGUCAAGUACUGUGUGUGAAUCCUCAAAAGGUGACAAGUACUGUGUGUGAAUCCUCAAAAGGUGUCAAGUACUGUGUGUGAACUACAGUACUUACAGGUGUCAGUAUAUCAGGUGUAAGCUGCAGGUAGGGGAUACAGUAAUUUCUUAACCCCUUCACUAUGGGAAUGCCACUUUUAAUAUUUUAUUUGGCUAACGUCAGAUGAUUUUUAUUCAGCACAGAGAGGACCCUAUACAGAGUAGAAAAAUAUUCAUACAAGGAUGAGGAUAUUUUGUCCUUACCAAAUACAAAGCUGUAAUAAUCUGUAUGUACGCACUUGAUCUCACUAAUAAAUGUAUUUCUGAAA